AUGUACAAACUGUACUGGUUAGUUGGACUAAACUCCGAGCUAAACUUAACCAGCAAACGUCUCUUGUAUAUAUCGAUUGUUAAAGCGAUUUGGAUUUAUGGUAUUCAACUGUGGGGUUGUGUCAUUAAGUCCAAUAUCGGCAAAAUACAACGAUGCCAGCGCAUCACUUUUCAUACAAUUGUCGCAGCAUAUCGGUAUGAUAAGAAGGACACCAUCCACCGCGAUUUAAAAAUGUCAUCCAUGCAGGUUGAAAUUACCCGAUUUGCUCGCAAACAUGCAAGAAAACUGGAGCUCCACAAAAAUAUGGCUGCCAUACAACUCGCAGGACACCAGAUGACUGAAACGAUUGAAGCCAUUUGA